AUUCAGCCAAUCCCCGUGAUUUAUUUGCGGCCUUGCAAUUUCAUCCAAUCACCGCGACUUUACCGCAAAUUCGAAUCAGUUUGGUCCGUCACUGCACGCGGCAUUAUUUUCACACAGAAGGACUUCUUUAUCAGAGAAAGCAGGCAUGAGCGCAAAUACAUCACACUUACCUACAAAUAUCACUGCGAAAGACCGUGCAAAGCAAUUCCCUAAUGUUCUCCAUGAAAGUGGAGGGAAACUAUUUUGCACUGUGUGCAACAUUGUCGUGGAACACAAAAGAAAAUCCUCGCUUGACCGACACUUCUCUACAGCAAAACAUGCCAGAAGGAUGUCCGUGCAAGAGCCGACACGGCAAGUGACUAUCACCGAAGCUGUUGCUCGCAAAUCCAUUGCAAGCAGCGAAAGGAACAAGAUAUGUGAAGACUGGGUUGCCACAUGUACUGCCUUGAAUAUUCCACUCUCCAAAAGUGACCACCCAGCAAUGAGGAAGUUUCUUUUUGAAAAUGUAACGAAUGGAGGAGCCAUUCCUGGAUUUCACCAGCUCCAAGAAAAAUACCUAGGCAAUGUUUACCUGAAAGAAAAGGAGGCACUCAGAAAACGUUUAGCCAAAAAGCCUGUUGCAGUCAUAUUUGAUGAGACUCCAGAUGUAGAGGGGAGAUGUGUUCUAAACAUUCUCAUUGCACCCUUGGAAAAGGAUGAAUCUGGGAGAAUACUGGCCUACUUGGCAGACACCGUCUUCCUAGAGCAGUGCAACCACUCAACUGUCUCAGUGUCUGUGGUCAAGUGUCUGCAGGAAUAUGACAUAGCAAAUGAGGAUGUCAUUGUUUUUGACACCGACAAUGCAGCCUAUAUGAAGAAAGCAUAUACAGCUGCUUUGCAGUCUUUAUUCCCAAACUCACUGCACGUUACGUGCAUGGCCCACAUAAUGAACCUCAUCGGUGAUGCCUUCCGCAGACCUUUGACCAGCUAA